AUGAGUGAUGAUAACACAACUGAGGUGUUGUAUGUAGGGGGAAUUGAUGAGACAAUAGACGAAAAGAGUUUGUAUGACAUUUUUUCUUCCUUUGGUGAUGUAAGAAAUAUCGAGGUGCCUAUAAAUUUGGUUACAAAAAAGAAUCGAGGAUUCGCAUUCGUGGAGUAUUUGGAAAAGGAUGAUGCGAAGCAUGCCUUAUACAACAUGAAUAAUUUUGAAUUAAAUGGAAAGAGAAUUUAUGUCAACUAUUCCAAAAAUAGGAAAAUGGAACAAUAUAAGCCAGUUUGGAUCGAUGAUUUGUAUAACCAGGAAAAGAUGAAACAAAUGGAGAAGGGAAAUGCAAACGUAAGAAUGUAG